UACAGACGCAGUGCAAUCGGGAUAAACUGAAUAUCAUUAUUUAUCUAGAUAACAACACCGAUUACAAUACACUAUUGGACAUAAAGAAAUAUACAUAAUUAAGACCAUGAAACGGAUUGUUCUUUGCGUAUGCGUUGGAGUAAUACUAUUUCAGCUGGUAUUUAUGUGCACGCUUCAUUACUUUUAUAGCGGCGCAAUAACAAGAAUUGUACCCGCAACGUUGCGAAAUAGUACGACAUCACCCAGAGAGUGUUGGCCAACUACAACGUUUUGUGGAGAUAUACUUAGCGAACCAUCUUGGAUUGCUAUAGAUCAUCGGAAUUCUAAAUUUGUAUUCUCGGCGUUCUACGACCCAGUGUCCAACAUAAUAAUCAUCGUGGGUCUGAACUCAAGAUUUAACGGAGGUGUAUGUCAGAUAUGGUAUACGUCAGAUAACAUGACAUUUCUUGCAAAAGAAGAAAGUGGCAUUGAAUUGUACAGGACACUACCCGAAACGCAUGGGCGGAGAUACUCUGCUGUCUUAUAUCGAUGCACGUCGAAAUCGAAAAAGAAGCCUGCUUUUAUAUCUUUCGUUGAAACAGACCGUUUCAUUUCCAAAGGUCUUCUUGUUAAAUCCAUAGAAAUACCAAAACGAUACAAACAUCGCUUUACCGUUUGUCUAAUGCCUCUACACAACAAUUUUAAUGACUCGUAUGCUCUUGUGCAGUGGAUUGAACUUAACCUUAUUCUUGGCGCAGACAAAUUUCGUGUAUAUAAUCAUUCUUCGUCUCAAAGUAUUAAGACUAUUUUAGAUAUGUACUCUGGCAGAAACAUAACUGAGGUUGUUCAGUGGUCUAUUCCAGUGACGGACGUGCAUUAUUUUGGACAGGUUGCGGCACUGCAAGACUGCCUGUAUCAAAACAAAGCGGACUCAGAAUUUAUCGUAAAUUUGGAUUUGGAUGAAUAUAUUGUCCCAAGGGUUGAACAUAUCGACACAUGGUCAGACCUCAUUGCAAACUCGCCGGCUGAGGCUUUUCUAUUCCGCAAUACAUUUUUUGUGGCAAAUUCAAGGGAACACAAUUAUUCAGAGAAGGCAAUAGCACAACAAUUGCGACUUUCAACACUUCUGAUGACAAGGCAUGAACCUAAAAUCUGGUCUCAUACACUAAGAUCAAAAUACAUCGCACGGACUUCGAAGGCGAGAUCUCUGAUGAUCCACGACGUGCCAUGGGACGCCAUUGGAGUACAAGCAGAGCGCGUGCAGUCCGAUCGAGCAAUGGUAUUCCACUUCCAACAUGCGGCUAGUGAGCCAAACAAUGGGACGACGUAUAUUAUAGAUGAAACUGUCCGAAAGAAAUAUGGGGAAAUGUUAAUAAGAAAUGUUCAGCGUGCUUGGAAUAGAAUACUACGCGGGUGAUCGGAGGUUUUAACUGUUCGAUGCAUUUAUUAUCACGUUCGGUAUGUACACACAAACUCAUUGCGUGUGUUAAUCUUAAGUGAACAUUAAUAGUUGGAUGCGAACGGUUUUUGGAUAAAAUCUAUAAGUAUACUGGUUAAACUUUGAAGUUCAUUUCUCGAGCGAUGAAGUGUACUAAAUAUGUUAAAAAAUAGUACAUGAUUAAAUAUGGCAUCUCCGUCGACUUCAUCAACCGGAAAUGUAAAAUCAUUGAAGACCUCGGCAUUGGAAAUUUCUGAUCAUUUUAGACCUGGGUAGUGUGUGAUCAUUUUAGAACUUGUAAUGUGCCAAACCUAUUUAUUAUAACAAGCUCGAUUAAAUCAAACGCUUUUUA